CCUCGUGGGGGUGGCUUUGUGGCCACACGCGUGUCCUUCGAGGGGAGGUGCUGCUGGCCGGAGCACCCGGCGCCUCCCCGGGGACCAGCCGGGGAUGCUGAGGGACGGCUCGGCUCGCUCUGCCACCGCAUCCCGGCCGCUCUGACGGGGCUCCAGCAUCCCUCACCCCCCCCGGAGAUCCCCCCAAGGAGGAGGCAGCCCCUCUGUGCCGGCGAGGCGAGGCAGCCUUUCCUCCGGCAGCCACAUCCCGGCUGGAUGUGAGCGCUGCAGGCAGCCGGGGGCAGAGCCCUCCCCGCCUCCCCGGGCAGCGACUCGGAGCCUACGGCAUCGGAGAGAGCCGGGAGCAUCCCCCAGGAGCCUGACAGCACCGGCAGCCGCCUCUGCCGCCGGCUCCUGGGUGCUCAGCCGUGUGUGCCCGCAGAGUUAUGUCAUGCCCAGACCACCGCAGGGCUCCAUGAGGAUUUAUGGAAGAUGCUCCGUGUCUUGGCGCCUCUGGUGCUCCUUCUGCUGUGGCUGAUGAGGAUCUGGGCCAGCCCCCAUUCCCUGAGGAUUGCUGCCAUCCUGGAUGACCCCAUGGAGUGCAGCAGAGGGGAGAGGCUCUCCAUCACCCUGGCCAAGAACCGCAUCAACCGCGCGCCCGAGCGGGCGGGCAAGGCCAGGGUGGAGGUGGACAUCUUCGAGCUGCUGAGGGACAGCGAGUACGAGACAGCAGAGACCAUGUGCCAGAUUCUCCCCAAAGGCGUGGUGGGAGUCCUGGGACCCUCCUCCAGCCCAGCCUCCAGCUCCAUUAUCAGCAACAUCUGUGGGGAGAAGGAGGUUCCUCACUUCAAAGUGGCUCCGGAGGAGUUCCUGAAGCUGCAGCUCCAGAGGUUCACCACCCUCAACCUGCACCCCAGCAACACCGACAUCAGCGUGGCCGUGGCAGGAAUCCUGAAUUUCUUCAACUGCACCACUGCCUGCCUCAUCUGUGCCAAAGCUGAAUGCCUUUUAAACCUGGAGAAGCUGCUGCGGCAGUUCCUCAUCUCCAAGGACACGCUGUCGGUGCGGAUGCUGGACGACAGCCGGGAUCCCACCCCGCUCCUCAAGGAGAUCCGAGAUGACAAGACAGCCACCAUCAUCGUCCAUGCCAACGCCUCCAUGUCCCACACCAUCCUGCAGAAGGCAGCUGAACUGGGGAUGGCAUCUGCCUAUUACACCUAUAUCUUCACUAAUCUGGAGUUUUCCCUCCAGCGCCUGGACAGCCUGCUGGACGACCGAGUCAACAUCCUGGGGUUCUCCAUUUUCAACCAGUCCCAUGCCUUCUUCCAAGAGUUCGUCCAGAGCCUCAACCAGUCCUGGCAGGAGAACUGUGACCACGCUCCUUUUACUGGGCCUGCACUGUCCUCGGCGCUGCUGUUCGACGCGGUGUACGCGGUGGUGACGGCGGUGCAGGAGCUGAACCGCAGCCAGGAGAUCGGCGUCAAGCCCCUGUCCUGCGGCUCGGCGCAGAUCUGGCAGCACGGCACCAGCCUCAUGAACUACCUGAGAAUGGUAGAAUUGGAAGGUCUCACCGGCCACAUCGAAUUCAACAGCAAAGGCCAACGCUCCAACUACGCCCUGAAAAUCCUGCAGCACUCUCGUGGUGGCUUCCGGCAGAUUGGCCACUGGCACGUCUCUGAAGGGCUCAGCAUGGACAACAGGAUCUUCUCCUCCAACAUAUCCGACAGCCUAUUCAAUACCACGCUCAUUGUCACCACCAUCCUGGAAAACCCUUACUUAAUGCUGAAGUGGAACCACCAGGAGCUGGAGGGCAACGACCGCUACGAGGGUUUCUGCGUGGACAUGCUGAAGGAGCUGGCGGAGAUCCUGCGCUUCAACUACAAAAUCCACCUGGUGGGCGACGGCGUCUACGGCGUGCCCGAGGCCAACGGCACCUGGACAGGCAUGGUCGGGGAGCUGAUAGCUCGGAAAGCUGAUCUGGCCGUGGCGGGGCUGACGAUCACGGCGGAGCGGGAGAAGGUGAUUGAUUUCUCCAAGCCCUUCAUGACUCUGGGAAUUAGCAUUCUCUACCGAGUUCACAUGGGCCGCAGACCCGGCUACUUCUCCUUCCUGGACCCCUUUUCUCCGGGCGUCUGGCUCUUCAUGCUGCUCGCCUACCUGGCUGUCAGCUGUGUCCUCUUCCUGGUGGCUCGGCUGACACCGUAUGAGUGGUACAGCCCCCACCCCUGCUCCCAAGGCCGAUGCAACCUCCUGGUGAACCAGUACUCCCUGGGGAACUCGCUGUGGUUCCCGGUGGGGGGGUUCAUGCAGCAGGGCUCCACCAUUGCCCCCCAGGCUCUGUCCACGCGCUGCGUCAGCGGAGUCUGGUGGGCAUUCACCUUGAUCAUCAUCUCCUCCUACACGGCCAACCUGGCAGCAUUCCUGACCGUGCAGAGGAUGGAUGUGCCCAUCGAGUCCGUGGAUGACCUUGCUGACCAGACAACCAUCGAGUACGGCACCAUCCACGGCGGCUCCAGCAUGACCUUCUUCCAAAACUCCCGCUACCAGACGUACCAGCGGAUGUGGAAUUACAUGUACUCCAAGCAGCCCAGCGUCUUCGUGAAGAGCACGGAGGAAGGGAUCGCGCGCGUGCUGAACUCCAACUACGCCUUCCUGCUGGAGUCCACCAUGAACGAGUAUUAUCGGCAGCGCAAUUGCAACCUCACGCAGGUCGGGGGCCUUCUGGACACCAAGGGCUACGGGAUUGGCAUGCCCGUCGGCUCCGUGUUCCGCGACGAGUUCGACCUGGCCAUCCUCCAGCUGCAGGAGAACAACCGCCUGGAAAUCCUGAAGCGCAAGUGGUGGGAAGGAGGGAAGUGCCCCAAAGAGGAGGACCACAGAGCCAAAGGCUUGGGGAUGGAGAACAUUGGUGGAAUCUUCGUGGUGCUCAUCUGUGGCUUAAUCGUAGCAAUUUUUAUGGCAAUGCUGGAAUUUUUGUGGAGCCUUCGACACUCUGAGCAGUCAGAGGUGUCGGUGUGCCAAGAGAUGGUGACGGAGCUGCGCAACAUCAUCCUGUGCAAGGACAGUUUCCACCCCCGUCGGAGGCGAGGCGGGGUGGUACGGACUCGCCCCGCUCUGCCCGAGGAGCGCCGAGCCCGCAGCACGACCACGCUCAGCAACGGCAAGCUGUGCAGCGGGGGCGAGCCAGACCCCCUGGCACAAAGACUGGCACAGGAGGCCGCCCUGGUCGCCCGGGGCUGCACCCACAUCCGCGUGUGCCCCGAGUGCCGCCGCUUCCAGGGGCUCCGGGCGCGGCCGGCCGCGGGGUCACCGGCGCGGAGCGAGGAGAGCCUGGAGUGGGACAAGGCCACCAACAGCAGCGGGCCCGAGUAGCGCCGGGCCCCGGGGGGGCAUCGGGGUGGGACGAGAGGGUCCUGUUCCAUUUUACAGAACACGGACUUGUACAAUGUCAACUCGUUUUUAAAUCAAUAGCAGUUUACCCGGCUUCUCCAGAGCAAGGUGCACCUUGGCGU